AUGGCCACUAUCAAGGCCAUCGAGGCCAAAUCAGUUCACCAGAUCCAAUCUGGUCAAGUCAUCGUCGACCUUUGUUCCGUGGCCAAAGAACUGGUUGAGAACAGCCUCGACGCGGGUGCCACUGCUGUAGAAAUUCGCUUCAAAAACCACGGCUUGGACUCAAUUGAGGUACAGGACAAUGGCUCCGGCAUUACGCCAGAAAACUACGACAAUAUCGCCUUGAAGCACUACACUUCCAAACUCACCAGCUUUGAUGACCUCUCUACUCUCCAGACCUUCGGCUUUCGAGGUGAGGCACUCUCCUCACUCUGUGCUCUCUCCAAGGUCUCAAUUGUGACCGCGCAAGCGGAUGAAGCGCCCAAGGGUAAACGGCUCGAUUUUGAUUCUUUGGGCAAGCUCAAGUCUGUCACGGUCAUUGCUGCCCAGAAGGGCACCAUCGCCACUGUCGAAAAUCUGUUUGAGAGUCUGCCUGUGCGACGUAAGGAGUUGACCAAGAAUAUCAAACGAGAGUAUGGCAAAGUCCUGAGCUUGCUGCAGGCCUAUGCUUGUAUUGGCGUCAAUGUCAAAUUCACGGUCAAGAAUGCCAUGCCUAAAGGCAAAAGCAUAACGGUCUUCUCUACGAAAGGCAAUGCCACAACACGGGAGAAUAUUGCGAAUGUCUACGGCGCUAAGACCUUGAGUGCGCUGGUUGCUUUAGAUCUAGAGCUGGAUUAUCAGCCCACAUUGACACAAAUGGCCCGAAAAGAAAAGCAUACCAUCAUAAGUGUCAAGGGCCAUAUCUCAAAGCCUGUAUUCGGGGAGGGCCGGCAGACGCCUGAUCGACAAAUGUUUUUUGUCAAUGGAAGACCGUGUGGUUUGCCCCAGAUUGCAAAAGCCAUCAAUGAGGUCUACAAGGCGUUCAACGUUUCCCAGUCGCCCUUUAUAUUCGCGGAUCUUCAAAUGGAUACCAACGCAUACGAUGUGAACGUAUCGCCUGACAAACGAAUAAUAUUGAUCCAUGACUCGGCGUCGCUCAUUGAGAAUUUGAAGACUGCAUUAAAUGACAUGUUUGAUCAGCAAGAUCAAACGGUCCCACAGUCUCAGUUUGCGACGCCCAAGCUGCCUGCUUUUCAGAAAUUGAGCUUUCAGCGGCAGCCGUCCUCAACUACUCCAGAGACUGCAAGUCGGCAAACAUCGUUUUCAGACGCCACAAAUGUCCCCGACGAUGACCAAGAGGACGACAGAUAUUGCGAGGAGGAUGUCGAUCCCCAAACGCCAUUGUUUCAAGAUCACUUCCGAAAAUUUUCCAGCACGAGAGCAGCCACCGGGGUGGAUGAAAAAUUGCAACCCCAAAUACGGAAACCGAAUGGAAGACUGCCGAGAGAAGUAGUGCAAGGGAUGGUGGAGCAAGGAAGGGCAAGAGAGGGAUCUGAGGGGGGCGGUGACAGCCAGGAAAUUGGUGAACGUCAGCAAGAAAAUCGGUUAGUCGAGGAUGUGGAAGGGCCUUCCCAGUUCGAUCCAGUCAAGAUCCAUGUCAGUGAUUUCAAUGCGAGAAUGGCUGAAGCCGAACCUAGAUCUCGUGAUCGGUCCUUUAUCCGCCGAGACGUUGUACAGCAAAUGCCAGAGAUCGAAACCGUUGCACAAUCGAGGACUGACCAGGAUAAAGGAAUCGUACAUAACGCCUUUGAUCGCAUGAGGCCAAAGAGGAUCCCAGCAGAGGUUGCCACUGUCAUGAUUGGAGACCAGACCAUCACAACCAUACUAGGCAGUCAUUUUCCUAAGUCACGGGAGAGGAGUGACGUGGCUGGCAGCCUCGAUAGCGUGAACAAAACGAAAAAGCGCGCCAAAAGCCCAGCGGCUUUGCAAUUUUCUCAAAAAUUGCGCAGGUUUGGCGCUCAAGGGUCCGAUAUAGCUGAUGAAGAGGAAGGUAACGCCCUCAAACACGCCGACACGGAACCCGUUGAAGGUGAAAGCGAGUCAAAUGAGCAAUUUCAUGCAGAGGACGAAUCAGGUUCAGACGAGCGAAGUCUCGGAGAUGGCGACGGUGCAGCAGAGGAUGAGUCAACCGCGACACGAGAUAUGGAGGACGAAUCCGAUGCAGACUAUAUUGAUGACGAUGAGAAGAAAAGGAUUGAAGAUGCUAAAGUCGCUGAGCUUAUCCUUGCAGCUGAAGCAAGCUCAGCCCUUCCGACAAAAGAAAACUUGAAACGAGCGACAAAAGCCCUAGCCGGAGGACGGGCGAAGGAGUCGACAACGAAUUUAGUAGCGACGGUCGGUUUCUCCAUCUCAACUGUAUCUCGACGAAUGCGCGAGAAUGCUGAAUUGGCGGAUGCUGAUAUCAAGGAUCGGUCUUCCCGAGUUGAAGGACUUGACGAUGGUGCUGCCCAAGACGCGGAGGCAAGACUUUCCCUGACCGUGUCGAAGCCAGAUUUCGCAAGGAUGAGGAUUGUAGGACAAUUCAAUCUCGGCUUCAUUCUGGCCGUGCGACCCGCUAAGGUGGAAUCCGAUGACGAGACUCAGUCGACCCAGGACGAACUGUUCAUUAUCGACCAGCACGCGUCAGACGAGAAAUACAACUUUGAAAGACUGCAGGCCGAGACAGUUGUGGGCAACCAAAGGCUCGUCCGACCGGUGACACUCGACUUGACGGCAGUGGAAGAAGAAAUUGUGCUGGAGAAUAACGAGGCUCUGGAGAAGAAUGGAUUUCUGGUGGAAGUAGACACCAGCGGAGAACGGAUGGUUGGGCAACGAUGCAACCUCGUCAGCCUGCCACUGAGCAAAGAGGUUGUCUUUGGCAUGAAAGACCUAGAAGAACUCAUUCAGUUAUUGGGCGAGGCGCCUGGCCGAGGGGAGUCUGAUGUUCCUCGACCUAGCAAAGUGAGAAAGAUGUUCGCGAUGCGAGCGUGUCGAUCGAGCAUUAUGAUUGGCAAGACAUUAUCCACGAAGCAGAUGGAGAAGGUUGUGGCGAACAUGGGGACCAUCGACAAGCCGUGGAAUUGCCCGCAUGGACGACCCACGAUGCGACAUCUGUGCAGCCUGAACACGCUGCAACCAUGGCGUGAGGGAGACGAUGAACACGAGGAUGCAGAGAGUCCGGGGGUGGCGUUGCACAGAUUUACGGCAGGGGAGUAG